UUCCUUCGGUUAACAAGCAGACAUCCCACAAUCUCAACAUGAAAUUCGUCAUUGUUCUCGUUGCCCUUUUCGGUUUGGCUAUCGCUGCUGAUCAAGAUGCUACCGUCCUCCGUCAAGAUUCCAACAUUGCUGCUGAUGGAUACGACUUCGCUGUUGAAACCAGUGAUGGCAAGUCCCACAUUGAAAAAGCUAUCUUGAAGAACAUUGGCAGUGAAAAUGAAGCUAUUUCAGUCAGUGGACAAUACUCUUACUUGGGAAAUGAUGGUAUCACCUACUCCGUCAGCUACGUUGCCGAUGAGAACGGUUUCCAACCCAGCGGUGCUCAUUUGCCAGUUGCCCCAGUUGCUUAA